GACCAGCCGCCCCGGUGACAAGGUGCCAGCGGAGCGGCGGGGCCGCCGCUACUGCUCCGCCGUCCUCGCCGCCGCCCUCCCGCCCGGAGAAGUUUGACUCGGGAGCAGCGCAGCCGCCCGGGCCGUCGCGGCGAGGCAGGGAGCCGCGCCGGGAGUCGGCGCGCCCGGGGCCGCCGCGGGACGGGGGUCGCCUCCUGCGGGAGGCGGCGGGGGGGACACCGGCGGCGGCGCUCUGGGAGCCGCCCCGCCCGCGCCAUGGCAGCGCGGUCCCGGAGACCCUGGCUGAGCGUGGUGCUGGGGCUGGUGCUCGGCUUCACCGCCGCCUCCUGGCUCAUCGCCCCCAAAGUGGCCGAGCUGAGCAACAAGAAGAGGCGCGGCGCCAGCCUCUGCUCCUACUACGGCCGCUCGGCGGGGCCGGGGGCGGCCGGGGGCGCGGCGGCGCCGGGCGGGCAGCAGGCGCCGCCGGAGGCAGCGGCGGUGCUGGGCGGCACGAGUUUCAGGAGCAGCCCCUGGGAGCUGCCGCCGGCGGCGGAAGAGGGCACCGUCUCCAGCCCCGCCGCCGGCGGGGAAGGGGAGCCGGAGGAGGAGGAGGAAGGCGCCGAGAGGCGGCGCGGCCGGCCCGGCGGCAGCCACAACGGGAGCGGGGACUGGGGGGCAGCCCCGGGCUGCGCCAAGCCCCGCAACUUCCUCUACGUGGGGGUGAUGACGGCCCAGAAGUACCUGGGCAGCCGGGCGGUGGCGGCGCAGCGGACGUGGGCGCCCUCGGUGCCGGGCCGCGUGGAGUUCUUCUCCAGCCAGGGCUCCGCCGCGCCCCCCGGGCUGCCCCCGCUGCCCGUCGUCGCCCUGCCCGGCGUGGACGACUCCUACCCGCCGCAGAAGAAGUCCUUCAUGAUGAUCAAGUACAUGCACGACCACUACCUGGACAAGUACGAGUGGUUCAUGCGGGCGGACGACGACGUCUACAUUAAAGGUGAAAAAUUGGAGGAGUUUCUUCGCUCACUGAACAGCAGUAAGCCUCUGUAUUUGGGACAGACUGGUCUGGGUAAUAUUGAAGAACUCGGAAAACUUGGGCUGGAGCCUGGAGAGAAUUUCUGCAUGGGAGGGCCAGGAAUGAUCUUCAGCCGGGAGGUUCUCAGGAGGAUGGUGCCACAUAUAGGUGAAUGCCUUCGAGAAAUGUACACCACUCAUGAGGAUGUGGAGGUGGGCAGGUGUGUCCGAAGGUUUGGAGGAACUCAGUGUGUUUGGUCAUAUGAGGAAGCAAAUUUCUUUUGAAAUCUCUGCUAAAUAUGGUUUUCAUGUUGUAAUGGCAAUUUCCAGUCUUUGACAAAUAUCUAAAGGAAGAUGGAUUUAUUUUGUCAGUGGAUUUCAACAUGGUAAUUCAGGUCUGUAUGCAGAAGGCAACUAAUGCAGUGCACUGUCUGUUAGUUUCCUUGACCACAAAAUCGCAGUAAAAUUCUGCUCUGGUCAGUCAAUGGAUCGAGGCUUGUUGAAGGCUGUGCAGGUCUGGUUGGUCUACAGAGGCAAAAUGUUGAAAAUGGAAAAAAAAUGUGUUAUGGUUAUCAGCUUGUAUCUCAGUAAUGAUAUGGCUGUAGGGAGUAAAUUAAUCUGGUAAAAAGUAGUUUUGGCUGUACGUGAAAGAAGGCUUGCUCCAUGUGCCUGAGGUAGAUGAAUGGGGAGAACAACAAAAUAGUAAGAAAAAACUGGCGGAGGCUUGGAUUGUAAUCCUGUUUGACUUGAAAUACUCUGGGUUAAGCAAUAUGCAGAAAAAGUGGGCAAAAAUAUGUACUUUCUUUUUUUUUUUUCUUAAUAGAAAAUACUAAAUAGAUGGAAAAGGUCUGUUCUAUGGGUUGCAAAUGCAGGCUUGGUAUUUACUAUUUAACCAGUAAAAAGUAGGAACUGAGUAUUGUAGGUCACUGAUGUUUGUGUUUACAGUCUCUGGAUACCAGCUCUUUUUAUUCUUUGACAAAGGAAAGACAUGUGCUCUGCUUGAUUACUUACUGGCCUAAUAAUAUAUAUCUGUCUGUUUUAUUUACUGUGACCAGACCUUUAGGGAAGGCAAAUUAAAUAUUUUAUAUAUGUAAUUUGAACAAUUUGAUACUAAUCCUAUUUAGUAAUUUUAAUUCUUUAAUAAUGAAUAUAACACCUUCUUUUUCUCUCUUCUUUUAAAUAUUACUGGCAGUAGUAAUGUUAAGUCUGUACAUCUCAGCAGAACAUUGUCAGCUCUACGAUGUGUUCAUUUCUUCCCCAUUAAAUGAUCAAGAAUACUGUUUUUUAAUUUGAUGUCAUGUCAAUCUCCUAUUUUAGAACUUGUGGGAUUAUGUUGACUGGAUAACAGAGUGUGUGUAGGAACUAAUUUGAUUUGUA